AUGGCCUGGAGGAACCACAGCACCAUCACGGAGUUCAUUCUCAUUGGGCUGUCCGACGACCCCUACAUCGAAGCUCUGCUCUUUGUGUUCUUCCUGGGGAUCUACCUCCUGACUGUGAUGGGGAACCUGAUGAUGCUGCUGGUGAUCAGGGCUGAUUCCCGCCUCCACACUCCCAUGUACUUCUUCCUGAGUAACCUGUCCUUCAUGGACCUCUGCUUCUCUUCUGUCACUGUGCCCAAGCUACUGAAGGACCUUCUGUCUGAGAAGAGAACCAUCUCAGUGAAGGGCUGCCUCACACAGGUGUUCUUUGUGUUUAUCACACCAGGGACUGAAGCCUUUCUGCUCUCAGCGAUGGCCUAUGACCGCUAUGCUGCCAUCUGCCACCCACUGCUCUAUGGCCAGGUGAUGAGCACCCAGUUCUGUGUGAAGCUGGUGUUGAUCUCAUGGGGUCUGGCCUGUCUCAAUGCAUUUGUCAUUGUGCUCUUGGCUAUUAACCUGGACUUCUGUGAGGCCCAAACCAUACAGCACUACACCUGCGAACUGCCCUCCCUCUUCCCUCUCUCUUGCUCAGAUAUUUCCAUCAGUGUUGACAUCUUGAUCUGCUCCACCUUACUGCAUGGGCUUGGGACCUUUCUCCCAAUCUUCUUCUCCUAUGCCCGUAUCGUCUCCACCAUCCUGAGCAUCAGCUCCACCUCAGGCAGAAGCAAGACCUUCUCCACCUGCUCCUCCCACCUCAUUGCAGUGACCCUAUUUUUUGGCUCAGGUUUGAUUCGCUACCUUAUGCCCACAACCGGUUCCUCCCUGGAUUUGCUCCUGUCCUUGCAGUACAGUGCAGUCACACCCUUGCUGAAUCCCCUCAUCUACAGCCUAAAGAAUAAAGAAGUGAAGGCAGCUGUGAGAAGGACACUGGGAAAAUAUCUCUUAAGUAGUGACAGACACAUGGUUACAAAGACUGGUUUCCUUUGCAUUUCUUUUUUUGUUCCCACCUUCUCCCACACACAGUGA